AUGCAUAGACUAAGAAAUAUUAGGAAACUUUCUAAACAAAUAUUUAUUUUAAUACGUCGUAAUUUUACUGGAAAUAAAAACAUAUAUUAUAAUGGACCGAAAGAUACGUAUAUAAAUUCUGGUUUUGAGUUAAAAAAUGAGGACACAGAAAAAUUUAUUGGUUUAAUUAAAGAAAGUUUAAAAUUAAAACUCCUGACUUGUUCAUAUUGUUCAGAAGAUAUAGCUAAACAUUAUUUAGAGCUAGCCAUAUUAGAGCACAAAAAUUUAUUAUUGAAUGAUUCAGAAAAUCAUUAUUUAAAAAGUUAUGAAAUAUAUAAAAAAAUACAUGGAGAGCUCAGUAUUAUGUGUGCCAAUAUUCAGACCUAUUUAGGGGUUGUAUAUAAAGAUUUAGGUAAUUUAGAAAAAUCAGAAAGGUUUUUACUACAAUCUUUAGCUAAUAAAAAACUAAUUGUUCAGGAUAAAAAUUAUUUAAUUAUUGAUACUCUUAACAAUCUUGGUUCUUUGUAUCAAUACAAAAAGGAAUAUACUACAUCAGUAGAAUAUUUUGAGGAGUCCAUAAGAAUAUUAAUAUCUUCGUCCGUUGAGCUAAAUAAGUAUGAACAAAUGGCUUUGUGUUAUUAUAACCUAUCUUUUUCAUACAUAGGUUUAAAUGAUAUAAACUCAGCAAUAACGUGCCUUAUCAGAUCAUAUUCAUAUGCUGAAAAUGUUUUCGGUCCUGAUCAUACCUUAACAGUUAGAAUAAAAAAAUUACAAGAACGUUUAAAAAAUGAAAUCGCUUCUCUGAAAUGA